CUCUCUGAGUGUUUUAGUAGAAUGUAGAAAAAAUGUCUUGUGCAGAUUAUAAGCUGUAUUUGAUUUUUGUCGGCAAUAUCUGAUGGCACUUUACUCAUUGGCAGGUAGACAAACUGAUAUUUUGGGAAUUGUAACCCUUCCAAAUGAAUGCAGUGUUAGAAUAGCAGUUUUUCUCAAGUAUCAGUGCAUCUGAAAAACUCUUUUUCCUUGAUGGUAUUAGAUUUGUUUCCUUCUUUAGCUGCACAACACUUGAUAUUCUCUUGAGAGUGUUGCCUUCUGUUUGUUAAUUGCUGAGGAAGUAUAUUUCUCAGGAAUAUACUUUGUAGCACUCAGAAGUACAUUUCUGAGUGUCUAAGUGCUCUUAAAGAGCAUAAAGUUACAAGAGUACUUCUGCAGUGCAGAAGAAAUGAAAGAUACUAUAAUUUGUACAGGAGCAAUGCUGCUAUAUCUGAAUGUCAGUCUUAUGUUGAUUUUGUGUGCUAUUAACAUCCUGAAUUAUGUUGAGCUUCUAUGGUACAUAGUUGCUGUUGGGAUGUAAGUGUGCUUUCAUAAACAAGAGUGUUUGAAAACAAAUAUUUAUUUUGCCAAGCACACCAGGUCGGAAUGACUUUACAUCUUUAUUCCAUGAUCUGAGACUUUUGGAAAGCUGUAUUUUAUUUUUUUUGUAGAACAGCUAUAUAAAUGUCUUGAAGUUCUUAAUGGUAUAAACUCUAUGUAGUGUUAAUGCUUGCCAGGUACUUGACUUGUAUUUUCUGCUGGUUUUAGUAGCCACAGGUACAAAAAUAUUUUUUUUUUCCUGCAUAGAGUUCUGGGGAAUGUGUCAGUUCCCUGGAGUUUUUGAUUAGUAAACUUGAUACUGUUACUUCAGAGGUCCAGAAGUCUUGUUUACAACCUGUUUCUUGGUUGCAUUUCCAAGUCCAUUAGCUACAGUGUGUUUCCUACCCCCUAUUUCCACAACGUUGAUUUUAAACUUACUUAGAUCAUGAUUUUCUGUUAUUUUAUAUUUAAAGAAGGUGUAAGAACUCCUGCUUAAAGACAUUUAUCUUUGAUAGCUGUAGGUGAAAGAAAAUGGCCUUAAGUAUGACAGCAUUAGGAUCUAUGGAAUAUUUUGACAACUGCAACAGUUCAAUGAAGUUGCAAGGAGCAAAUAAUGCAGAAAAAUUUGACUACGUGAUGCAGUUCAUGAAUAAAAUGGCUGGUAAUGAGUAUGUUGGAUUCAGUAAUGCUACGUUCCAGUCUGAAAGGGAGAGUGGAGAUAGAAACUUUGCAAUUGGCUAUUACUUGAAAGAAAAAAAGUGCUUUCCUGAAGGCACGGAUAUGGUUGCUAUACUAGACUUCUAUUUUCAGCUUUGCUCAAUAGAAGUAACAUGUGAGUCUGCAAGUGUGAUGGCAGCAACUCUGGCUAAUGGUGGCUUUUGCCCAAUCACUGGUGAGAGAGUCCUGAGCCCCGAGGCAGUCCGGAAUACCUUGAGUUUGAUGCAUUCCUGUGGCAUGUAUGACUUUUCAGGGCAGUUUGCCUUCCAUGUUGGUCUUCCUGCAAAGUCUGGAGUUGCUGGUGGGAUUCUUCUGGUUGUUCCUAAUGUCAUGGGCUUGAUGUGCUGGUCACCUCCUUUGGACAAGAUGGGCAACAGUGUUAAAGGAAUUCACUUUUGUCAUGAUCUGGUUUCUUUGUGCAAUUUCCAUAACUACGAUAAUUUGAGACACUUUGCAAAAAAGCUUGAUCCUCGCAGAGAAGGAGGUGAUCAGCGGGUGAAGUCUGUGAUAAAUCUGCUGUUUGCUGCCUACACAGGGGACGUGUCUGCACUCCGGAGGUUUGCUCUGUCAGGAAUGGACAUGGAGCAAAGAGACUACGACUCACGGACAGCCCUGCAUGUGGCAGCUGCAGAAGGACACGUGGAUGUUGUUAAGUUUCUGCUGGAAGCGUGCAAAGUGAAUCCUUUCCCCAAAGACAGGUGGAACAACACUCCUAUGGAUGAAGCUUUACAUUUUGGACACCAUGAUGUUUUUAAAAUUCUUCAGGAAUAUCAGACCCAAUACACGCCAUCAGAGGAUAACAACGAUGGGAAGGAGAACCGAACGGUUCACAAAAAUCUGGAUGGCUUGCUAUAAUCAUCUUCAGCUAGAUCCUAAGAAUCAAAUCACUUACCUAUUUAAUUGUGGUAUGCAUAAGUAAUGAAGAGCGUGUGUGUUUCUAUCUGAUAGUGGUAUAUAUUUUACAGAAGUCUCUGUUACUUCAGUGUUACGUUACAGGAGUUUCUAUACGCACAGGACAAAUCCAAUCUCUUCAAAAGAAACAAAACCAACUAAGAAUCUCCCUCCAUAAUGUGAGCAAUAUUACCUCAUGCUGCAUAUAAUUGAUGUAUAAAAAUAUUUAGCUGUUGUUGGCUUUACUGUGCACUACUUAAUUUAUUUUUGUGUUCUAUGUGAACUCUAGUCUGUGGUCAGGAACUUUUCUGCUGAAUUUUUGUUUCUUUAGCCCUCUGUUUCCAGUAUGGCCAGGAUGAGCCAGAGUACUGUCAGGUAUGAGCGUCAGUGAGGUCUUUUGAAAGCUGAGGAUGCUGAUGUAGAUUUAGGCUGGGUGUGUUAAGUAAGGAUCUGCACUUAUCUUUGGGAAAAAAAUAGAAAAAAAGAAUUCCACACAACCUUGUUUACAUAAUAUAAAUAUCACAGAGUGUAUAGGUGACACUUGUCAAUGAUCUAGGCUUGUUCUUAGAGAUAGUCUUGUCAGGGAAUGUGUUUUAAGGUUUGUUUGACCAAAUGGUGUAGGGGAGUGUGCCGUGUAGCUCCGGUGUGUAGUGGGAUUUUUGUCUUGGGAGCUUUUCUCCCAGUUCCCUUUGUCUUGCCUCCCUCCUCUCUCUCCAUGUUCAGCUGCUAAAGUACUUCCCUGUGGCCGGGGAACGCGGGUGCUUCCACUCCAUGCAGGUGUUCCUUGCAGGUGUAUUUGCACUACCCCUGGGGCUGACAGCUGCUGCUCCUUCCUCUGGCUGCACCAGGAGCCAGCCAGGGCAAUGGAAGUGCUGGAAAGGCAAAGAACCAAACCAAACACAGUCUGAGCUCGUUUGGGCUGUGGUGAGGAGCACGGAUGGAGUGAACAGCUUUAAGGAGCCUAGAGCCAAUCACAACAGGAGCAGAGCAGGAGAUAAGCCAGGUUUUGGGGUAUGUUCUCUUCUUGCACUGCCAUCAGCCAGGGAGCAGGAUAUUGCAUCACUGGGAUUCCCCUGGUGCAGGACAGGAGUUCAGCACCAGGAACACGAGUAAGUAAAUGCCUUUUGUGCUGAAUGGUGGCAUUCAUUGUCUUGCCACUGAAGCCAGCAUGGCACGUGCCCUGUCAUGGAAAAUGUAGGUGCAGGUAUUUGUAGUUCACAGAAGUCCAAUAUUGCCACAGCUCCCCGUCCCAUGUACAGUUGCUUGUGCCAGUAGUGUGGCACAAAACCUCAGAAGUGAGCAGUCACUUCAGAUACACACAACACACUACAGUUGUUGGAUGUAGGCAAGGAUUUUAGCACAAGAGUUUUAGGCAGGAAUCAUUUAGCACAUGGAAAAUGAGAUUGUGCUUGAGAAUUGUGUAUAUGGUGGUUUUUAUCCUAGCAUGUAGUGUACAAGUCAUUAGUAGAUCUCAGCGUUCAAAUUUUCUGUGUUUUGGCACCAAAAUCUCCUGAAAUAAUGCCCAAAUUCUUCCUAGAAUGCCCAAGCACUUUAUAAAGAUGAUGUGAACCACGUUACCCUCCUUUAGCAAUGAGUACACUAAGGCUUGGAGAGAAGUAACUUCUCCAGAGCGACCCAGCAGGUCAGUAUAGUUGAGAAUAAAUCCUUUCAAGAUCCUGUACAGUCUCUUGUCAAAAUGCCAUACUGCCUCCCUGCAGGGAGGACAAGCCACAUGGAAAAGUGCUUGGUACUCAUCACAAGCAGUGAUGUCUUCAUCAUGAAAGAGUCUGAAAGUCUAAAGCCCUCAAAUAGCAUCUCGAAGCUGGCUGGCAUGGUUAUCAAACACUUUUUCUUAUGAAUCCUCCUGUUCUUAAGCUGGUUUGGUUUGGUUUUUGUUUUGUUUUUUGUUCUUCUGAAGAUCAGCUAUUUUUCUGAAGGCUUUUAACCCAUUCUGUUCACAUCCUGUGUCAUGGCCACCGCCGUUGUAAACAAGAACUAAAUGAAAUGGCCUCUGGCUCUUUGUUGAGCCACAUCAGUCACUGGGUAGCACAAAGCAAAAGGUGUAUGAGCUCCAGUGUAAAGGAAUAUUUUCAGAUGGAUCCUAGUUUGAAAUUAUGGAUUUCAGUGCUAAUCUUCCCUAUUUUGCCCCUAUUGCAACACAUUCUGUAGCUUCUCAGAAAAAUACCUGAUUCAGCUUUGUUUAACUGACAUUGCAUUGUUCAAACUGGCAUUUUUAAAUAUAGGUAUAUUAUAUAGUACACAUGAUAUAAGCAAACCAAAACCAAAAGGAUUGUAACUGAGCUAACAGUGAAGAUCAUAGCUGUCCCUAAACUUAAUGCUUUCAUACCGAGUGCUUUUAGCCAGUCCUAGCUUCAGUGCAUUUUUGCUGGUUAGUUUUAGUAUUUUCUCAUUGUGAGGAGAAUGGAUUAUUUUGUAAUGUCCAAUUCAGCGAUGCAGCUACUUAGACAUGGCGUUAUUUAUAAAUAUAAAUAUAUGCAGUACAUUGGUUUGGCUGUUUAUCAUUCAUGACACUGACAUGUAGAUUUUACAGUAAAUAGCUUUUGGUUAUCUUCUCCAAUGCUGACUUCCUUCUGCUCCAAAGAAGAUUCCCCCCACUCCUUUUGUUUUUAUGUCAUGUAUGUUUCUUCUGUAUCACAACCUGAAUUGGUUCAGCUAACUUAAUGCUUUGUACUCAGAAAUAUUGUGGUAGUCUUAGCAUUAAUUAGCCUUUGUGAACAAACUGUAUUGUACCAGAUUUUUUUUUUGCUUCAGAGCUGGACUAUCCGUGACUAUACUUACUGGCAGUGUACUUCUGGUCAUUGUAACUGACUGGGCUGAUCUUGACUUUUAGAUUCUGUAUUGUGGGGACUAGACAGUGAUGAAUGUAUUUCUAGCAGUUUCCCAUGAAUGAAUCUAAACUUGAGCUGUACUGGUUCUGAAAAUGAAAGUUAUUUAUUUUAAGAAAUAAAAUCCAGAUAGUGUUGCUUUUUACAGCAUAAUAAAUGGAAAUAUCAAGA